AAGCAGCUUUAUCUCCCUUUUUUUUUUCUGACCUCGCUUCCAUCCCCUUUCAUGCUAAUGAUUCCGCAGCUUACUCUUUCCUCUCUUUUGUGUUUCAAAAUAAAACAAAACAAAACUUCAACACCACAUCAUCUUCUUACUCUCUCUCUCUCUCUCUCACGGAUAUAAAUCAAUCGUUUUUAAUGCUUUCGCUUCUCCCUCUUUCUCUGUGUAUGUAAAAUCUUUGUUUCCAUCAGACGUGGUGCAGAAAGUUGUGUGUCUCAGAUCCCUAUACACACACCGAAAACGAUACAACUAUGUCUGUGUUCUUCUCUCUCCUAUCCUCAUCCUGCUAAAGUUCCCUCUCAAAAUCAUACACAUAGCUUAUAGAGUGGUCCUCAACCUCAACCCUUCAAGCUCAGCCUUUUUUUUCCCCCUUAUAUAAUUCUGAAUUCUCUGCUUUGUCUUCAACCCCACCUUUUACCUUUAUCACUGCGCUUCUUCACACUUCUCACCUCAUAGUUGGGUUGGGUUGGGUUGUGUUGUGCAUAUUGAAUAUUAAAAUGCAAGAACCAAACUUGGGAAUGAUGGGUGGUGGUUUAAGCGGAGACGGCGACCACCACCACCGUCAACUGAAGGCGGAGAUAGCCACUCAUCCACUUUAUGAACAGCUUCUAGCUGCCCAUGUGGCUUGUCUCAGAGUUGCCACUCCCAUCGAUCAGCUUCCACUGAUUGACGCUCAGUUAUCUCAGUCUCAUCAUCUUCUACGCUCUUAUAUCUCUCACCACACUCAUUCCCUUUCACCUCAUGACCGUCAAGAACUUGAUAACUUCCUGGGACAAUAUUUGUUGGUUUUGUGUACUUUCAAAGAACAGCUUCAACAACAUGUCAGAGUCCAUGCCGUCGAGGCUGUUAUGGCUUGCCGUGAUAUUGAGAAUACCUUACAAGCUCUCACAGGAGUAAGUUUGGGAGAAGGAACUGGUGCAACUAUGUCAGAUGAUGAAGAUGAUUUGCAGAUGGAUUUUUCUUUAGAUCAGUCUAGCGCUGAAGGGCAUGACAUGAUGGGAUUUGGUCCGUUACUUCCUACAGAAUCUGAAAGGUCACUGAUGGAAAGAGUUCGCCAGGAGCUAAAGAUUGAGCUGAAGCAGGGUUUUAAGUCAAGAAUUGAAGAUGUCAGGGAGGAAAUAUUAAGAAAACGAAGAGCUGGGAAAUUACCAGGUGACACAACUUCAGUGUUAAAGAACUGGUGGCAGCAACAUGCAAAGUGGCCUUAUCCAACUGAAGAUGACAAGGCAAAACUUGUGGAGGAGACAGGGUUGCAGCUGAAGCAAAUUAAUAAUUGGUUCAUUAACCAAAGGAAACGAAACUGGCACAGCAACUCUCAAUCGGUUACCUCUUUGAAGUCCAAGCGCAAGAGAUUGUAGACCCACUAAGGACUCCAGUGAGAUGCAGGAGAUAGGAGAUGGUUUACUGUAAUGUAAGAUGGCUUUAAAAAAAAAGCUGGUUGUAAAUUUGUGGAAUUUAACGGAUGCAAACUUUUAUGUUAGAUGUGGUUGCCUCCCUUUUUCUUUUAACUCUCCUUGUAAAGUGUUUGCUAUAUACGUUUCUGACCCGCUGAAGAAGUAUUACUAUUAUUAUACAGAUGCUUGAAAGAUUCGUUGUUCUUUGUA